CUGCAGCGGUGUGUCCACCGACUGCAUCAUUUCAGCUGCCGUCUGACGCGAAUAAACGUCACCUGGGACCAAAUUACAAUAACUGUUCCAAAAACAGACCGCUAUUUAUUCCACCAUUAUCACCUUACUCUACAUAAAUCACAUCAUUUAUUUUCUAACGGCUUUCUUUCUUUUUCAGUUUGAAAGAGGAUAAACCAUCAUGUUCUAUACCUGUGGUCCCAACGAGGCUAUGGUGGUGUCAGGGUUUUGUCGUUCUCCUCCAUUGAUGAUACCUGGAGGCCGAGUGUUCGUCAUCCCUUGCGUCCAGCAGUUACAGAGGAUUUCUCUGAACACACUGACUCUGAAUGUGAAGAGCGAUAAAGUGUACACCCGCCAUGGGGUGCCUGUCUCUGUCACCGGGAUAGCCCAGAUGAAGAUCCAGGGUCAGAACAAACAGAUGCUAGCUGCAGCUUGCCAAAUGUUCAUGGGGAAGUCAGAAGCAGAAAUCGCUCAGAUCGCCUUGGAGACGCUGGAGGGACACCAACGGGCCAUCAUCGCCCACCUGACUGUGGAGGAGAUCUACAAGGACAGGAAGAAGUUCUCGGAGCAGGUAUUUAAGGUGGCGUCUUCUGACCUGGUCAACAUGGGCAUCAGCGUGGUCAGCUACACACUCAAAGAUGUUCACGACGACCAGGAUUAUCUGCAUUCACUGGGGAAGGCUCGAACAGCCCAGGUUCAGAAGGACGCUCGCAUCGGAGAGGCCAAGAACAAGAGAGAUGCCGUGAUCAGGGAGGCCCAUGCGAUGCAGGAGAAAGUCUCGGCUCAGUACAAGAAUGAGAUCGACAUGGCCAAGGCUCAGAGGGACUAUGAGCUGAAGAAGGCAGCCUAUGACCUGGAGGUGAACACUAAGAAGGCGGAGUCAGAGAUGGCCUACCAGCUGCAGGUCGCGAAGACCAAGCAGCGUAUUGAGGAGGAGAAGAUGCAGGUGCAGGUGGUGGAGCGCACGCAGCAGAUCAUGCUGCAGGAGCAGGAGAUCACCCGCAGGGAGAAGGAGCUGGAGGCCAAGGUGAAGAAACCUGCAGAUGCUGAGAGGUACCGGCUGGAGAAGCUGGCUGAAGCGCAGCGUCUUAAGAUGAUCAUGGAGGCGGAGGCUGAAGCCGAGUCCAUCAAGAUGAAAGGUGAGGCCGAGGCGUUUGCGGUGGAGGCCAAAGGUCGUGCUCAGGCGGAGCAGAUGGCAAAGAAGGCAGAGGCCUUCCAGCAGUACAAGGAUGGCGCCAUGGUGGACAUGCUGCUGGAGAAACUGCCUCUGAUGGCAGAAGAGAUCAGCCGGCCUCUGUGUGAAGCUAGGAAGAUCACCAUGGUAUCCAGUGGAGGGGGGGAGGUGGGCGCAGCCAAACUGUCAGGAGAGGUGAUGGACAUCAUGGUCCGUCUCCCUGCCGCUGUGGAGAAACUGACCGGGGUCAACAUCUCCCAGGUGACCUCAGGUACUGGCUGAGGAGAAUACAGCCGUGUGGUGACCGGACAGAUCCACUCCGGCUCUUUGCAUGAGUCCGCUCACACUAACAGCCUCUCUCCUCUGCUCCCAUUGAGUCUUUAGCUGUGAUCUUUCUGUGUUGUAAAAUAACUUUUUGGUCACUGAUACCCUAUGUGGUCUGAGUUACUGUGCUCCUCUGGCUACUACCACAUAUGUUUCUUUCUCACAUACUUGAUUUUGAAAGUCCCUGAGUGACUUAAUGUACUUUGGCUUUACAAUACUUUUUAACUUCAUAAGAAAAACACUUUUAACUGUGGCCUCGGCGUAUACCAUCAUUUGUUUUUGACUUCAUUUUAAGUCCUAUAUCCUUAACUCCCUGUUCUUCUCUGCACUAUGUCACAUUGUGUGUGCCUGUGUCACUGUACUGAUAAUUUAUUUAGAGUCAUCCCCACUGCCUGUGUUAGACUUUAAAUGUCUCCUUCAUAACUGCCUCUCCACUGCCUUGCUGCCAAACCGUAAGUGCGUCUUAACAUGAGUUUGUAACACAAACACACCUUCAUUUCCUAAUCCUACUUACAUUGCAUAGUCUUAUACUAGAACAAAUCAUCAGCCUGUGGUCAUGGCAAUCACCCAUUCUCAUCAUGGGAUUUGAUUAAGGAAAUCAUUUUGACAUUAAGUUUAGCAAGUUGUCGUGGAUUGUCUAAGCAAACAGGUAAUCAAAAAUGUAAUGCCAUGUGUAAAUCUGUUUGCCAUUACUUCAUACAUUUUGAUAUCAGUCAUUGUUUUCUAUUUUAUAUUUGUGUGUUCUCCAUUCAUACAAACUUUUCCUGCUGAAUUAGUGUUAAUAUUUUUAUUGGCCUUUUUUGAUGACCCUUUGCUCCAAGCAUACCAGUAUUAUAACGAAUCAGAACAUGUCAAAUCUGUGCAGCAGACCCAUGCCACACCUUUCUUUGUGACUUAAAUGAUUAGCAGAAGCUGUGCAUGUUCACUUACACUAACUAACCCACCUAUAUUUCCAUCUCCCUUGAAUUAAUGUCCAAUACUAAGCUCUUAAACAUGUUUGCUAUCUAGUUAAUUUUUUUCGAUCUUUCAUCAGAUCACAGCAAUGGCCACUUUAAAGCCCUUUCUACUAGCUGCUUAUAUUGUUGGAAAGCCAAGAAAUGUAACUCUAUUAAAGCUCACUGUAUCCAUCUAUACAACAGCAUAUGGUACAUAAAAUGUAUAUAUCUAAAAUGGUAUGUUCUAAGAGAAGGAAGCACUUAAUUAAAAAACUACAUGCAUUCUAAUAUGCUGAGUCCAACAGAUCUUGGCCAAAACAGAGGCAAAAAAACCUAAAUCUUCAGACUCCGUUGAAACUUGUAAAUGCAAACCUAAAGUGAAGUGGGGCAGCUUUUGGGUUGUUGUUGCAUUGAUGUAGCAGCUCUCAUAAAGAUGUAGCUUGUGGAACAGGUGGUAAACAUUAUGUAGCUUUGACCUUCAAUUGUAGCAAUGGGAAUAGCGUUGUGUCAUUUUGAGGUAACAGCAUGGAAAUGCUCAAAUGUAAAUUAUUAGUUUUUUGUAUUUAAGGAUUACUGGUUACAACUUGUUGUCCUGAUUGUUAAGCUUUGGUCAGGAAUGAUUUUGGAAAUAGAUAAAGAUGAGAGGUUGGUUAAGUUCUUUUCGUUUUAUUUGACUGUAUUCUAGUCAAUCUUGUUGUAUUGUGAACUGUAUUCAUUUGAUAACUUAUUUAUUUAUGAUACAAAGUUAAUACCAAUCAAUUCAUUGUAAGAAAGUGAAAAUGUCUUGCAUUUUAUAAUAGUCAUUUCACAAAUUCAGUCACCUAGGUGAUAUGCGGGUAAAGAUUUAGGAGCUAGCUCUGAAGUGUUCCUAAAAAGUGCUCUAACUUGCCUUAUUCCAUAACUGUAUCACACUGUCACCCUGGGCUGGGUGGUCAAAACAUGUUUUAUGUUGGAACUGUAUUUUAUAGAUCUAGAAAAAUAAUUUUCUGAUUAGUUUGACAGCACUAAAUUGAACCAAUCCGGCCUCAAUCAGAAAAUCCGGCCUAAAAACCUCACUAUUUAUCUGUCUAUUUGUCUGACUCUUCCUUCGCACUGCUGAUUCAAAGCCAAAUGUGUUGCAAUGGUAUUCUGAAAGUAAAAUCAUUCUAUGAAAAGAUGUAUACAAGUGUUUUGAUGCAUAAUUGUCACACUUUAACUGUAACUUUAAUAUAUGCAAAUGCAUAUGUUUUCUGUCAAUACUGUGUGGCUUUAAUGUGGAAUUACCAAAGUAGAAGAAAAUGUAUUGGCUAGCUAUAGAAGUGUGAUCUUUAUUUUUGGGAUGUUCAAUUGUAAUGAUACUCUGUUGCACUACAUAUAGAUAUUUAUUCAGUAUAUAUUUGAUAUUGAAUACAGCAGCACUGUUUGCUUCACAAUCCACCAUUAAUAACUGUUAGCUAAGCAGUGUUUUAAGGAAAAUGUAUUAAAGGCUGUAGAGAUGUCUGUAUUAUUUCAACUCACUGAUUUGCACUCUGGUGCAUUGUAAUUUAUUGUAACCUAUACACAAUAAAGUUUCUUUAAAUUGUUAAAGGAAAACCCAAUUGUGUUCUCUGCUAUUCUGGAAACAGACUGUGUAUUCUUAUUCAACUGCUUUAUAUUCCUAGACUUUACUCCUAUUUCUUUGUAUACGUUUGAUUUGUGCAUGUUUUGGGCCGUAUAUAUGUGUUCCUGUUUUUAUUUCUGUUUUGUUUUUGAAAUGUAACUGCA